AUGUAUCCUAACAUCCCAUAUGCACUUCUGUCGGCAGCGCUCAUCGUGCUAAGUAUGGUGCAUCUCAUCUUGCUUACCGUUCACCGCCCCCAGCCUCACCGUUUGUCCGAGAUAUCAAUCUUCGUUCUCUUUAUCUGCGUCAAUGCUGUUGUCAUUGGCAUUGGUCUAUCGGGCUUAAGACGCGGGGAUACGCCAGCAUUCUACUAUCCCUUGGGAAUAUGUACAGCAUUCCCGUUAGCUCUAGAGGUACGUUAUUCCCUGCCCCUUAAUUUCAUCCUCGCCCUGCUGCGUCGAUUAUUUCUAGGAUAUGGUUUUCUGUCCCCCGCGGUAAAGUUCGGUUUGAUCUUAUGCUCGGUCGCCUACGAGGCGUCGGUGAAAGGUACAGCUGUGGUCGUGUCUAUCGACUACACGGUACUCGCGAUUGCCGGCCUGCUUUUUUGGCGCGGAAUUCGCGGUAUACCAUCUCAGGGGCCUGUAAUCCGUGAAGUUACAAUCCAUGCACUUCUUGUUCUCGUAACAGCAGGGUUUGCCGCAGGCGGACUCGUCCACGACUGGCCCCUUUCGAUCCAAGUGAUGUUGAUUACCACUAUUGGUGCCUAUAUGGCUCGAAAUAUUUCCUCUCGGCCUGGGGGACUGGGGAACACCGUGCCGUUACAUGGCUUCCCAGACAGCACAUCCGAUAUUUCCUGUUUCUGA